CCUAUUAUUCAAUGAGACAGAGGAAUUAUAACUGCAGCUCUCUAGAGCUGAUAAAAGAGAUUGGUUUCCUUUUCAUUUGCAUACUGAUGUUCUAGAGGGGGAGGGUAUUCUACCUUUACACCUUGUGUUCUUCUGACACAAAGAAGGAAGAGAAAUUAAUACACCUGGAAAAUGUCCCUUCUAAUGGAGAAGGACAGAUAAGAGGUAUAUUUCUGAAAUAUUUUCAUAUCCUAAUUCUAUUGGGGAUCCCACUGGUGACUGGUAUUUGAUCUAUCCCCAAGAUUUCUCCAUUUUUGACAUAUCUGCUGUUUGGUAGCUCAGGAUGGGGCAAUACAGUAGACUUUGCCCCCAGAGUUCACUCAACCUUCUCUCCACCCCCACCUAGGCUUAUUGCACAAGGGCCUUGAAAGUGGCCACAGGAGCAGGGCACGGAAGCUUAAGAGCUACAUUUAUAGUUUUAGGAUUCCCAUUCUCCCCAAACUCCAGUCUAUUCAUCCUUUUCUCAAUCUCCCCAGAUUCUCUUCACAUCAUCCUGACCAAUCUUCAACUCUUCUCUCUCCCCAUGCCCAGCCAAAUUUCUUUUUUCAGUCACUUACAGGACGUGCGGUCAAAAUUCACUAGGUAGGAGGGCCAUCAGCUGGGAAGAACCGGCGCCUGGGGGGACCAGGCUGGAUAGGUAUGGGGGAUCCAGGCCAGUCCUCUGGUCCCCGGUCCCCCCAUGGCAGUCCCCCAACUCUAAGCACUCUCACUCUCCUGCUGCUCCUCUGUGGACAUGCUCAUUCUCAAUGCAAGAUCCUCCGCUGCAAUGCUGAGUAUGUAUCGUCCACUCUGAGCCUUAGAAGUGGGGGUUCAACAGGAGCGCUUCGAGGAGGAGGAGGAGGAGGAGGCGGCGGUGGUGGCGGCGCCGCUAGUGGCCGAGGGGGAGAGGUGGGCUCCGGUGGCCUCUGUCGAGCCCUCCGCUCCUACGCGCUCUGCACUCGGCGCACCGCCCGCACCUGCCGCGGGGACCUCGCCUUCCAUUCGGCAGUGCAUGGCAUCGAAGACCUGAUGAUCCAGCACAACUGCUCCCGUCAGGGCCCUACGGCCCCUCCCCCGCCCCGGGGCCCAGCUCUUCCAGGUGCUGGUCAGGGCCUCCCAGCCUCGGACCCCUGUGACUAUGAAAGCCGGUUUUCCCGGCUGCAUGGUCGUCCCUCUGGCUUCUUGCAUUGCGCUUCCUUCGGAGACCCCCACGUACGCAGCUUCCACCACCACUUUCACACGUGCCGUGUACAAGGAGCUUGGCCUCUGCUGGAUAACGACUUCCUCUUUGUCCAGGCCACCAGCUCCCCCGUGGCAUUGGGGGCCAACGCUACCACCACUCGGAAGCUCACGAUCAUAUUUAAGAACAUGCAGGAAUGCAUUGAUCAGAAGGUCUACCAGGCUGAAGUGGACAAUCUUCCUGUAGCCUUUGAAGAUGGUUCUAUCAAUGGAGGUGACCGACCUGGUGGCUCCAGUUUGUCUAUUCAAACUGCUAACCCUGGGAGCCAUGUGGAGAUCCGAGCUGCCUAUAUUGGCACAACUAUAAUCAUUCGGCAGACAGCUGGGCAGCUGUCCUUCUCUAUCAAGGUAGCAGAGGAUGUGGCCAGGGCCUUCUCAGCUGAGCAGGACCUGCAGCUCUGUGUUGGGGGAUGCCCUCCAAGUCAGCGACUCUCUCAAUCAGAGCGCAAUCGUCGGGGAGCUAUAACCAUUGAUAUUGCCAGACAGCUGUGCAAGGAAGGGCUUCCAGUGGAAGAUGCUUACUUCCAUUCCUGUGUCUUUGAUGUUUUAAUUUCUGGUGACCCCAACUUUACCGUGGCAGCUCAGGCAGCUCUGGAGGAUGCCCGAGUCUUCCUGCCAGACUUAGAGAAGCUGCAUCUCUUCCCCUCUGAUGCUGGAGUUCCUCUUUCCUCAGCAACCCUCCUAGCCCCACUCCUUUCUGGGCUCUUUGUUCUGUGGCUUUGCAUCCAAUAAGUAGGCCAGCAAUCCCCUGACUGGUUUGGAAAUAAUUUGGGGAUAGAGAAUGGCAUGGAAGAACAUAAAGAAUCACUAAAGGAAACAGUAGGGACUAGGAGAUACAUGAAACAAUAACAUUUAUCCAGAGUCAGAUGAGGCUGCAGUUCACGGCCAAAAUGAUCACAGAAUAAGGACUCUGCACAAGGUUUCUGCAUUCCAGACCUCCAUAGGUGCUCUCCACCAAUUUUUUCAGUCCUGUUUUUAGGAAGCUAAUUGCUCUAAUGCAUCUACUCCAGAGAUCACCCCUACAAGCUCUUAGUGGUUAGGUGGGGUCCUGACAAUCAAUAAAUUAAGGGUUGAGAUUUUUUAAGAACCAAGAACUCAAAAAGUAAUACAUGAUCAUCACCCAUAAGAUACUCAAAAAAGGAGGAAAUAGGGAAAAAAGUUUAUGAUGAAUAUAUGUGGGUAAGGUAUAUUCUGCUUGCCUACUUCAGAAAUGAAGUGGGUGUUAUCUGGAUCUUAUGUGAAGGGAGUCUCUGCUUUUGGAGAACAGCACAGAUAGGACAGAAGCCAUCAUCCCCACCCCUAACUAAUCUAUUAUUAAAACUAUGAAUU